AAAUGCAGAUGAGUCUGAAGUGAAAGUUCUACGUCCCUUGCAGGCGCAACUUCAACUCAUGCCAAUUGAGCACGAACAACACUGAAUAAGUCGCAUUUUCACGAUGAAGGUUCCCUACAACUGUCUAGAGCCUGCGGGUAAUGUGGUCUUUGCUGCCAGGGGUGGAAAGAUUCACUCGUUCAGCCUGGAAGAUGGCGCUCACAUCUCAACAUGGAAGCAUCCCGACGUCGAAAAGGCUGUUGCUGCUGCUGCGUCGGCUGCUGCCGCCAAAGUUGAGAUUGAAGUGAGUUCCGGUGUUCCCACACCUUCAAACCCGGCCAACGACGAUGAUGAACCACCCGCCAAGCGUCAGAGAGUAGAGAGCGGCAAAGAAGACAAGGCGGAGGUACAGGAAGAAGCCAAGGAUGUCGAUGCCAUGGUUGUCGAUAGUGAACCUCAGAAAGCCGAACACCAGAAGAGGGAUAGGAGAAAGGGUACCAAGAACAUGAGGCGAAACAACCGGGAUGGUCAGCAAAACAACCGCGGCACGGCGUUUGCGAGAGUCCCAGACUAUCCCGUCAUUACCAUCAUGACGACUACUAGUAACGGAAGUCACUUGUUAGCCAUCUCGGGUCAUGACAAGUCUCUUUGGGUCUUUGAGCACGACGGCAAGGGAAAUCUGAAGGAGUUGAGCCAGAGACAAAUGCCUAAACGUCCCUGCUCGGUUCUCAUCUGCCCAGACAACGAAACAGUCUUGAGUGCAGACAAAUUCGGCGAUGUCUACUCUCUGCCGCUGAUCCCCUCGGAAGCUUCACAAUCCUCCGAGGCCGCGGGCCAGCCCGAGGCCGCCCCUGAGACGGCUCCCGCAGCUGCCAAACCCUUCACGCCGGAAGCGAACUCCUUCACCGUACACUCCAAGAGCAAUCUCCGCGCUCUCCAGAGCCAGCUGCGUGAGCAGCAGAAGUCGAAGCGCGACGUCACAAAGGAGCAGCCGACGUUCGAGCACACGCUCCAGAUCGGCCACGUCUCCAUGCUCACUGCCCUGACGCUCGCGUCAAAGGGGCCCCGGCGGUACAUCAUCACGGCCGACCGCGACGAGCACAUCCGCGUCUCGCGCUUCAUGCCGCACGCCCACGUCAUUGAGGGCUUCUGCCUCGGUCACGCCAACUUCAUCAGUGCGCUUACGCUGCCAAGUCAGGACGUUUUGGUCUCCGGUGGUGGAGACAGCGAGCUGUUCGCCUGGGACUGGGAGAACGGUAAGGUCCUAUCCAAGUUCGAUGUCCUGGGACAAGUUCAGCAAAUCGACAAGGAGACUACCAAGGUCGCUGUGUCCCAGCUGCUCUCGGCCAAUGUCACGGAGAACGGCUUGCAGGUGCCUGUCGUUCUGGUAGUGUGCGAAAGUGUUUCUGCCAUUCUCGUCCUUCGUUUGGCGGAAGACAACACCCUUUCACAUGUACAGACCAUCUCGCUCCCUGGAAACCUGCUUCACGUAGCACCGAUUGUUACCGAAAACUCAAUGACGAGCAUACUGGUGACCAUUGACCCGGCAGAGAACGAAGAUGCACCCAAUGGUAUCGUCUCUUUCAGAUGGACCGGCGCCGCCUUCUCGUCCCAGGACCUUGAGAUACAGGACGCAAGCGUGAGUGAGGCUGAGUUCGACAUGUCUCACGAGCAGGUAAGAAAGCUGUUGUACAAUACCGAGGACUUGCGCAAGCGUGGUGAUGAUGAGCAAGGAGAGGAGGCAGAGGGCGAGCCUGUGGCGAAAUAAUUAACGUGAGAGGUUGCGUCAUAAUUUACGUUGCGAGCACUGUAUAUAUCAGGUGGGCAAAAGCAAUUCAGGCACGUUUAUCAUCAAUUCGAUUUAGC